AUGGAUAUACAGGGCGCCUUUGACACGGUUCUGCGGAACCGGCUCCUCCUACGCCUACGGGAACAGGGCUGGCCAACAAACCUGGAGACGGCCGCCCGGGCCACGCGCGCCGCGGGUGAGCUCAUCCAGUGGGGAGCCGAUAAUGGCGUAGUGUUCGACCCGGGCAAGACAGAAGUCAUCCACUUCACGAGACCGAGAUACAAAGGGGACCUGCCGUCGGUCUGGCACGGGUCCGUAGAAAAGGAGCCACAGCAGGACCUGCGCUGGCUCGGCGUCUGGUACGACAGAAAGCUCUCAUUCCGCACGCAUGUGGAGAAGUGGGCCGCGAAGGCGAUGACGGCCGCAGGGUUCCUCCAGAACCUCUCAAACACCCGGCGCGGAAUCCCUCCCCGGUCGACACGGCAUGCGGUCACGGCCUGCGUCCUCCCGAUCCUUUAUACGGCGCCCAUGUAUGUUCCGUCGCGGAUCACCUACCUGAAGAAUAGGAUCCAGCUGACCUUAAACGUCGCAAUGCGCGCUAUCGCGCCCGUCUGGUGUACCAUGCCGAUUGUGGCCCUCCACCGAGAGACCGGCAUCCCCCCUGCCACGCUGCUCCUCGCAGACGCCCAGAGACGCGCCGCGCCCGACCCGACAGGGGGCGUAGACAAAACGCAGGCGGCUCGAGACUUCCACUCGUGGCUCCGGGUAUGCCCUGAAGAUACCCUCAUCGUCUACACUGACGGCUCGCAGAGCGAAGACGGCGCCUGCGGGUAUGGGUACUCAGUGUGGCUAGGCCCCAGCGAAGUGACCUACGGCAGCGGUCGGGUCCUACUCGCUGAGGUCUACGACGCAGAGGUGGAAGGCGCCCUCGAGGGGCUUCGAGCGGCACUCACGUGGUCCCCCAGAACCCCGGACCAGCAGUGGCCGAUAGUCGUCUGCCUUGAUAACACUGCGGCUAUAAGAGCCAUACGAGGCAGCCCAUCGAUCUCGUCGCAAGCGGCUGCGGAGAAGUUCGCUGAGGCCGCGGCUCGACACGGAGAUGUCAGCACGCGUUGGUGCCCCGGCCAUACGGGGAUCGCCGGCAACGAGCGGGCCGACCAGCUAGCAAAGGAGGGCUGCCGGGCCGAGGGUCCGGACAGAUCGCCGACCUACGCGAACAUCAAGAGACAGGCCAAGGCUGCGGCCAGGCGCGACUUCCAGGACUGGUGGGCCGCGGGGCCCUGA